AUGGCGGCACCACAGCGAGGCACUUCACCUCAUUCGCCUCAUUCGGCAACAGGAGGAUCAUCUCACUCUGCCCAGGUCAGUGAGGGCAGUCUGUAUGCUCCCCACGCGAGUGAGCCCCAGCCACAACCAUACGGUUACGAGGAGAAAAACGACCAUGCAGAUAGCCAACAGUCGUUGCUCUACCGCAACCAACCGAGUCCCUUUAACGCCCCCUUUGACGACCCAUAUGCCUCAACCGAUUCAUUGCGCCGCUACACCUUGCACGAUCCCGGAGUCACCAUAUUUCCGGAUGGUCCCUAUCAGGAAUCGGCCGGAGGAUUGAACCGUCGCUCUGCGGUGGGCUCCCCCAUGUCGGAGACGCCUUCGGAAGCUUGGCAGAAUCGACAGGCGCCCGGAUCUGGUCUCCGGCGUUAUGCCACCCGAAAAAUCAAGCUGGUCCAGGGCUCAGUCCUGAGUGUCGAUUACCCGGUCCCCAGUGCGAUCCAAAAUGCGAUCCAGAAAGAGUACCGGGAGUCUGAAGAAGGGUUCCCGGAAGAGUUCACCCACCUGCGCUAUACCGCCGCCACCUGUGACCCUGACGAGUUCACCCUGCGAAACGGUUACAAUCUGCGACCGGCCAUGUACAACCGACACACUGAACUUUUGAUCGCCAUCACCUACUACAACGAAGAUAAGGUCCUGACGGCGCGCACACUCCACGGUGUCAUGCAAAACAUUCGGGACAUUGUGAAUUUGAAAAAGUCCGAAUUCUGGAACAAGGGAGGUCCGGCCUGGCAGAAGAUUGUCUGUUGUCUGGUCUUCGACGGUAUCGAUCCUUGCGACAAGAACACCCUGGACUUGUUGGCUACCAUUGGUAUUUACCAGGAUGGCAUCAUGAAGCGAUCCGUCGAUGGUCGCGAAACUGUUUCUCACAUUUUUGAAUAUACCACCCAACUUUCCGUGACCUCCAACCAGCAAUUGAUCCGGCCCCAGGGCAACGAAUCCAGCAAUCUCCCCCCGGUUCAGAUGAUCUUCUGUCUGAAGCAAAAGAACAGCAAGAAGAUCAACUCCCACCGUUGGCUCUUCAACGGCUUUAGUCGAAUCCUCAACCCCGAAGUUGUUAUUUUGAUCGAUGCCGGAACUAAGCCUGGAAAGAAAUCACUUCUUGCUCUGUGGGAAUCCUUCUACAAUGACAAGAACCUUGGUGGAUCGUGUGGUGAAAUUCACGCCAUGUUAGGAAAGGGCUGGAAGAACCUGAUGAACCCCCUUGUCGCGGCACAGAACUUCGAGUAUAAGAUCUCCAAUAUCUUAGAUAAACCCCUCGAGAGUGCCUUUGGAUACGUCAGUGUGUUGCCCGGAGCCUUCUCCGCCUACCGCUACCGCGCUAUCAUGGGUCGUCCUCUGGAGCAAUAUUUCCACGGUGAUCACACCCUUUCGAAACAGCUUGGUAAGAAGGGUAUUGAUGGCAUGAACAUUUUCAAGAAGAACAUGUUCCUUGCUGAGGAUCGAAUUCUUUGCUUCGAACUUGUGGCCAAGGCUGGAUUCAAAUGGCACCUGACCUACGUCAAGGCAUCGAAGGGUGAAACUGACGUGCCGGAGGGUGCAGCUGAAUUCAUCAGUCAGCGACGUCGAUGGUUGAACGGAUCUUUCGCCGCUAGUUUGUAUGCUAUGAUGCAUUUCGGUCGUAUCUACAAGAGUGGGCACAACAUCCUUCGCCUUUUCUGCUUGCAUAUCCAGAUGACCUACAACUUUGCUGGUCUGGUUAUGACCUGGUUUUCUCUCGCUUCUUUCUGGCUCACCACUACGGUCAUCAUGGAUCUUGUUGGAACUCCUAGCAGUUCCAACAAGUAUAAAGGAUGGCCCUUUGGUGACGAUGCGACACCGAUUGUCAACAACUUCUUGAAAUACGGAUAUAUUUUCUUCUUGAUCCUGCAGUUCAUUCUGGCGCUCGGAAAUCGACCUAAAGGUUCACGUCUGGCAUACACGCUCUCGUUCAUCUACUUCAGCAUUGUUCAAACUUACAUCAUUGUCCUAUCGUUCUACCUUGUCAAGAACGCCUUCACCGGUGGCACCCUUGAUUUCAGUCUAGACGAUGGCGUUGGUGAAUUCCUGAAGUCCUUCUUCAGCUCUUCGGGAGCAGGUAUUGUCUUGAUCGCUUUGGUCUCCACUUACGGCAUCUACUUCCUUGCCAGUUUCAUGUACAUGGAUCCUUGGCACAUGUUUACCUCUUCGUGGGCCUACUUCGCUGGCAUGACCUGCUCGAUCAACAUUCUGAUGGUUUAUGCCUUCUGCAAUUGGCACGAUGUUUCCUGGGGUACCAAGGGCUCUGACAAGGGUGACUCUUUGCCCACUGCUGAAACCAAGAAGGAUGACGCCAAGUCCAACUUCAUUGAAGAAGUCGAUAAGCCGCAGGCAGAUAUCGAUAGCCAGUUCGAAUCGACCGUUAAGCGCGCCUUAGAACCCUGGGUCGAGCCGGAGGAACAGGAUGAGCGCAGCAUGGAUGAUGGUUACAAGGCUUUCCGAACCAACCUGGUGUUGAUUUGGAUUUUCAGUAACCUCAUUCUCGUGUUGUGUAUCACCAGUGAGGGUGUUUCCCGUUUGUGUCUCACGAACACCUCGACGGUCCGCACCUCCAAGUACUUCGCUGCCAUUCUGUGGACGACCGCCGGUCUGUCGAUUUUCCGCUUUAUUGGCUCUUGCUACUUCCUCGCCAAGUCUGGCAUCCUGUGCUGCGUCUCUCGUCGCUAG